AUGAAGAUCCUCAUCACAGGCGCUGCAGGGUUCAUAGGGCAGAUUGUGUCCAAAGCUCUUCUGGAUGAUGGCUCGCACGAUCUUAUUCUAACGGAUGUGAUUGAGCCUCCGAUUCCUCGAGGCUCGAAAUAUCCUCAGAAGGCUAAAACCAUUCAAGCAGACCUCAUUGACUCGCCUACGACUGUCGUUACGAAAGACCUUGACGCCGCCGUUUUACUGCAUGGCGUCAUGUCUUCGGCCGCUGAAGCGGAUUUCGAGCUGGGUUAUCGGGUCAAUGUAACUGCAACAUGGACUCUGUUGAAUAACUUGGCCAAGACAUGCCCUGGACUCCGAGUCCUCUACGCCUCUAGCGAAGCUGUCUACGGCACUCCUGUGCCUAAGCACAACGUUACCGAGAGGGAUAUUACAACCCCAGAGAUGUCUUACGGUUGCCAGAAAGUCAUCUGCGAAACACUUAUCAACGACUAUACCCGCCGCGGAAUGAUCAAUGGCUUCUCGCUCCGUUUCCCGACCAUCUCAGUUCGCCCUGGCGUACCUAGCAAGGCUAUCUCAGCUUUCUUGUCAGGCAUUAUUCGAGAACCCAUGAACGGGCAGGAAUGCGUUGUGCCGCUAAAGGAUCGCGCAUGGCGGCACUGGAUGUCUUCCCCCAAGACGUUGGUGCAUAACAUUCUUGUGGCACUCAACUUCCCUCAUGAUGCCCUUCCACCACACAGAAGGGUCCUCAAUAUGCCGGGGUUUGCAGUCACCAUCCAAGAUAUGUUGGAUGCUUUGGAGAAGGUUGGAGGGAAAGAUAAAUUAGCCUUUGUUCGAGAAGAAGAUGUUCCGUCUUUAAAAUCCACAUUAUACUCUUGGGCAGAUGACUUCGAUAACUCUUUGGCUCUGUCACUUGGGAUGAAGCAGGACACAUCUUUUGUCGACUCGGUGAGAGACUAUAUCGAAACGUUACAGGGGGGUAAAUAG